UUCUUCCCUUAACCUGCGCGCACUCGUUGCAGAAGGUGGCGCACGAUAAUACAGUGCGCCGCCGGGGUGUGAACUGCGCACGGUGGCGGGAUGGGUCAGGGGCUGAGCUGCACGGCGGCUCAAGAACAUGGGCUGUUUGGGGCAGCCCGGGCUGGGGAUUUGAAGGCGUUUGAGGUUCUUGUAGAGAGAGAACCGGGUCUUAUACAUCAGACUACUGUGUAUGAUCGCUUCUCCGCUCUGCAUAUUGCUGCUGCAAAUGGGCAGAUUGAGGUCCUUUCAUUGAUUUUGGAGAAAUCUGUUCAUCCAGAUGUGGUCAAUCGGCAUAAGCAGACUCCUCUUAUGCUGGCUGCAAUGCAUGGGAAGAUCUCUUGCGUGCAGAAGCUCAUCCAAGCUGGUGCAAAUAUUUUGAUGUUUGAUUCAUUGCACGGAAGAACUUGCUUGCAUUACGCUGCCUAUUACGGCCAUUCAGAUUGCCUACAAGCCAUUCUUUCUGCGGCACAGACAACUCCCGUCGCUGAUUCUUGGGGAUUUGCACGGUUUGUGAAUGUUAGAGACGGCAAUGGAGCGACGCCAUUGCACUUGGCGGCCCGGCAAAGACGGCCUGGCUGCAUCCAUAUUCUUUUAGACAAUGGGGGACUUGUCUGUGCUGCAACGGGCGGAUAUGGCUGCCCAGGGAGCACCCCACUUCAUUUGGCGGCUCGAGGGGGGUGUUUGGAUUCAGUCCGGAAAUUGCUUGCAUGGGGAGCAGAUCGAUUCCAAAGAGAUUCAUCUGGGAGGAUACCAUACACUGUCGCUCUGAGACACAAACACAAUGCAUGCGCAGCGCUGCUGAACCCCAGUUCAGCUGAGCCUUUGGUUUGGCCCUCACCCUUGAAAUUCAUUAGUGAACUCAAUCCAGAGGCGAAGGUCCUAUUAGAGAGGGCUCUGAUGGAGGCGAACAGGGAGAGGGAGAAGAACAUCUUGAAGGGGACAGCAUAUUCAUUACCAUCCCCACCACCUUCUGAUAAUGGGGUAGAAGAUGAUAUCGAUGAGGCCAGCGAGAACGAGCUAUGUUGCAUCUGCUUCGACCAGGUCUGCACGAUUGAGGUCCAAGACUGUGGCCAUCAGAUGUGCGCGCACUGCACGCUGGCACUAUGCUGCCACAAGAAGCCAGACCCUACCACUGCUUGCUUAACCGCCCCGGUCUGCCCCUUCUGCCGCAGCAACAUAGCCCAGCUGGUGGUUGCCAAGACAGAGAACGAUGAAGGAGACGAUCUCCCUUCAAAGCUAAGGAAGGCAAGGCGGUCUCGGAACUUCAGCGAGGGCAGCAGCAGUUUCAAGGGCUUAUCGACCGCGGGUUCAUUUGGGAGGGUGGCGGGCCGCAGUUCAGGAAGGAUCUCCGACAGCAACGAUGGGAUCGACAAGCCUUGACACAUGGUGCUCUCAGGGACGUUCAGCAUUGACACAUGGCAUUCUGUGAUGAACCGAUGCGCCAUCGAACACGUCGCCAAGUGGGUAUGGGCUAGACUACUACGUGCAUUUUCUAUCAUUUCUCAAAUGGCAGUGGCCCGUUGUCCACCAUGACCGUAUAAGUCAAAUCCAGACCAUCCAAAUUGUGGAUCCAAUGUGGAAUUAGACUAAUCGGGCAAUCCUAAUGGAGGUCCAAAUUCAACGUCCGACCAGUUGUGACUUUGGGUCCCCAUGAUUUGGGCAGUCUGGAUAGAUGCAUUGGGUGGACGGGUUACUGCCAUUUAAGAAAUGGAUCAAAACUCACAUAGUGGUCUAGCCCCAUGGAGUGCUGGUGUAGAGAUUCUGAGAUUCUAGGAAGGCAGAUGGGAGGAAUUCAAAUAAGGUGUUUUUUUUAUUUUUAUUUUUAAUAUUUAAAUUCUAGCAUUUUGGGGUGUUUGGGUUGCUUGAAAUCUACAGAGCUUUUAGAUCUCUUUUGGGUCUCUUAUAAUAUAAAGAAAGAGUAAUGUUUCUGUUCAAUUGAAUUGUAGCAGUGUAUGUUUGAACUUUGAAGAGUUUGAAAGUAAAUAGAAAAUCCUCUCUUCAAGGAAAAUUCCUUCAA